UUUCAGGUGAUGAUUAGUAUGUUAACUUGCGUGUUGCUAUUGCUGAUGUCAAACUCUAUGACAUUUUUUGGAACGUCAAGGACAUGGAGGGACAUCCAAGCAAGUCAAAACUUAGGGGACAUUAAGGUAUCAAGUAAAAUAGAUACCAGCAAAAGGACGUUUGGAAUACACUGGUAUAAUCCGCCACCUUUUAUCAAAGUUUAUCAUAAGGACGCAAUGAGUUGUGGAUUUCAAACAUGUUAAUACAGCAAUUGUAAAAUGAGUUUUGAUAGAACAGAUGCAAACAGAAGCCAGGCUAUUAUAUUUGAUGGCUGUUUUAUGCCACGAAACCUCAAUUUUACACGUCCAGAUGGACAAAUUUGGAUUUUUGCGGCUCAUGAGUCCCCACUUACAUACAGUGCAGGUGGAAAUUGGUGGUAUAGAAAUAAACAAUAUAUAUUUAACUGGACAAUGACCUAUGACAAGGACAACACAGACAUAUUUCUACCAUAUGGAGAAAUACUAAAACGCAACAAUGAGAAGAAGCGCAACUUCAAGUCAAUAGCACUGAAUAAAAAGAAGACACUUUUGAUGAUUGCGUCGCACUGCCAAACCGAUUCGAAAAGGCAAGAGUAUGUGAAAGAACUGAAGAAGUAUAUUGAUGUCGAUGUUUUGGGACGAUGUGGUAAAAAAUUGAAUUGUGGAAUUCACUACACACAUGAUGAGAAGUGUUUUCAACUUUUGAAUACAUCUUACAAGUUCUAUUUAGCAUUUGAGAAUGCUUUAUGUCAUCAAUAUAUCACGGAAAAGUUUUACGAAAAUUUCAACUAUGAUCUGAUUAUGUUGACACGUGGUGGUUAUAAGGAGGAGUCGAAAACGUUAUUUCCUGAAGGCAUAUAUAUAGCAACAGAAGAUUUCAAGUCAAUCAAGGAUCUUGCAACCUACUUGAAAAACCUACGUGUCGACGAAUAUGCUGAACUGCUAAAACGAGAGUCAGUUUUAUUCUCCUGGCUAUUUAAAGGUUUAUCAAAGAGCAUUGUGUGACAUAUGUGAAAGAAUGAAUUAUCAGAACAAAUAUUCAAAAACUAUUGAAAACAUGAAAGAGUGGGCAUUCGGAUCUCAGCCUUGUCUUCAACGUAAACAAGUAACAGACAUUUGACAAAAUCAGAUAAUAACCGUGUUUCAAGCCGGCCAUUUAAACGUUCGGGAUUACACAAAAUCUAACAUAAACGUUUUGCUGCGGAAAAGAACCUGUAAGGAGUUUCAACGCAGCAAAAACGUCCUCAAAAGAAUUAUUGCCCAUUUUGUGGAUAUUGCAUUUGGAACUUUAAAAGUACUUUAAAAGCACAUUUUGUUUGCGAUUUUGAAAUAUUAAGUAUGUUCGCGAGGUUAAAUAUUGGCGAAAUUGUAAAAAUGGUAUCAUAUUUGAAUUUGAAUUAUAUUAAUGGUGAAUAUUUACGCGAGGAUUAAGUUUCGCAAUAUGUAGGG